CUUUAAAACUUGUGCGGAAGCAUUGUAUUUUAGCAAAGGAAUAUAAAAAAAAAGUGUUAUUAAAAGAAAAGAGAUGAUAAUUAAAAAAAACGUUUAAGAAAAAGUAUCGAAAUGUAUUAGUGUGGACCGUAAAACUGUCUGAACAGAGAUGCUCCACGCAUGCGUUUAAUUAAACCCACGUGGAAACCGUUGAAUGUAAACAAUUUUCUGCAAGGUUCCCCAAAUGACGUCUCCAAGUGAAAUUGCCAAAUGUGAUGUCUGCCAGAAGCAACCAUUUAAAUACAGGUGUCCUUGUUGUUCAAAGCAAACCUGCUCGUUAACGUGUGUUAAGCAGCACAAGAAUGACACAGGAUGUUCUGGUGUUCGAAAUAAAACUGCUUUUGUAGCUGUUGAUGAUUUCAGUGACUUAAAUCUUUUAAAUGAUUAUCGUCUGCUUGAAGAUACUGCACGGGUCACUGAUAAAUGCAAACGAGAUCCGCUGUUAAAACAUCACAAGUCACGUUCUUUGCUGUGGCUGACUAAAGAAACCCACAAAAGGCACAUCCAUUUGAAAUCUCUUCCUUAUAAUAUGGAACGGCGGAAACAUAACACAAGUAUAUUCAAUUUCAAAUCUAAACUUAUUCAGUGGGACGUAUCUUGGGUAUUUCCACAGGCUGGAGUUUCACUUAAAGAAGAAAGAAUGUCUGAAGACUUGACCAUAAUGGAAGCAUUUCAAAGUAUAUUCAACACAAGUAAAUCUGCAUCGUUGUUUUUAUAUAAGCUCAAUCAAUAUCGAAAUGCAGACCCAGAGAAGCUGUGCUUUUUAAUGAAAGCAGAAAUGCAUCCCUCAAAAGAUAUGCAUUAUUACACGUUACAAGCAGACAAAACAUUUCUUGAUAAUUUAUAUGGAAAGACCCUUCUGGAGCAUCCUGUUAUCCACGUUAUUUUUGCUGAGGAAAAAUCAUCUUAUUUGUUUCUAAUCAAUGACAAUUCAGAAACAGCAAAAGACAAAUUAGAAGAGACAGGAAGUUGAAACUAGGGGCAGAGUUUAUGUAAAUAUAAAUAGUUUAGAAAAUUGUAUUAUACAGGAAAGUUUGAUGAUAAAAAUCAGUUUUGUUUCUGAGACUUG